AUGCACGAUGCGAUCCAGGUGCAACCUGACCACUGUUAUACCAUCCACCAUAAUUUCAAAGAACACCUGAAGUCGAACUACCAUAGGGAAAGAAAAUCGAACAUUAUCAAUGGCUUGCACUGUGUAUUAGAUUUUAAUCCCACUUUGCACAUGUCUUGGCAGCUUACUGAUAGCCCACACGAAAAGACAGAAGCUAGUGCACUCACAUGGAUCGAUCGCCGACUGAAUUCAAAUAUACACUGUCGUUCUGACUCGCACACACACGAGAUGGCGCAACAUGAAGGAGAACGGGGAAAAAUUGGAUCCACCAGUGGUGAUUCUGGAAAACUUCCCCCUAUACUGACAAACUGUGUGCUGAAAGAUCCACCCUUCGCCAGCUUGGCAGUUUUAUCCACGUUCGCAGAAUAUCAUAAGUGUCGUGACUGGACCACUCGGAGAGGAGCUUUAAAAUCGAUUAUCUUCUGCUAUACCGGAGCAGCUGGUAGGUUUUGUGGCACAAUAGGGGAAAAAACCUCACUGAAAAUGCUGAGGGAAUCCAAGUUCAUUGACUGGCUUAAAGCUAAGAAUGUUUCUCCUCUUGUGUUUGGUGGAGUUCACACUCAGAUAUUUCAUUCUGUCUCAAAUGAUCGCCGCCAAAUCACUGUGGACUUGUACAUCGACCAUUUUAUACCACGCUUAGCAAUCGCCUUGAGAAAAUACGCACAAAUACCAGAGCUGACCGCGAAAACGAUUGAAGAGAUUCUAGUCCUACCCGUAUUUUAUAGUACAUCGUCAGAAGUCAAUGUCGCCCCAUCGUCAGUAGUGAUUGACUUUGUCACCGUCAAUCGAGGUUUGUUUGCGGCUCAUGAUAUCAAGAACCGUGUGUGGGGUAAAAGGACAACGAAAUCCAAUCGUCGACAUUGA